UGAGUGUGUAUACAUUUCUUAAUUAUAGCAUUUUACUCUAUGCGUUACCAACACAAUUACAUCAAAUAGUUGGGUACGUUUGGUUAAAUACCCCUGGAUGAUUAAAAAAAAUGUUGGUAUAAAUGUACAUCAUCCCCCCCGCUUUCACCUCUCAGUGGUAGCGUCAGGAGGGUGCGUAGUCUGUUACAGCCUCCGCGGACAAUCGACUCGAGGGAAGGAACAUGUUGACAUAAGGAAGGACUAGGGCUGUUUGUUAGGAGCGGCACAACCAUGGACAAGACUGCCGUAGUAAAAGUCGGUGCCGCGGCCAGUGCCAGUGUAUGUGCCCUGUUCGGUGGUGUGGUUCUCGCCCAGUACAUGUUCGCCAAGAAGAAGAGAGCGGGAAAGAAAACGAAGAUCAUCGAGAUGAUGCCAGAGUUUGAGAAGAACACGGUCCACAUGAGGGAUCCAGAGCGGGUGGAACGGAUCAUCUGUGACAUGAUCAAGGGUGGCGCCUCCAAACUACAGGUCAUCACUGACUUUGACAUGACGUUAAGCCGGUUCGCAGUCAACGGCAAACGCUGCCCCACGUGUCAUAAUAUCAUUGACAACUGCAAGCUUGUCACCGAAGAUUGUAGGACGAAGUUACUGGAGCUUAAGAACACAUAUUACCCCAUAGAGAUCGACCCCCAUCUAACGAUGGAGGAGAAGUAUCCAUUUAUGGUAGAAUGGUACUUUAAGUCCCACACAUUACUGGUGGAGCAGAGGCUACAGAAGGACAAACUCUCAGAGGUGGUGAGAGACUCAGACGCCUGCCUGAGGGAGGGUUAUGAGCCGUUCUUUGACCGGCUCCAGAAGCACAACGUGCCCGUGUUCAUCUUCUCAGCGGGUCUGGGAGACGUCCUGGAGGAGAUCAUCCACCAGGCGGGGGUCUACCACCCCAACGUCAAGGUGGUGUCCAACUUCAUGGACUUCGAUGAGAAUGGCGAGCUGAAGGGCUUCAAGGGAGAGCUGAUCCAUGUGUUCAACAAGCACGACGGCGCCCUGCGCAACACGGAGUACUUCAAACAGGUGAAGGACAACUGUAACAUCGUGCUGCUGGGAGACUCGUUAGGUGACCUCAACAUGGCUGACGGCGUGCCCAACGUGGAGAACAUCCUCAAGAUCGGCUUCCUCAAUGACAAGGUGGAGGAGCGUUUGGAGAAAUAUCUGGACUCUUAUGACAUCGUCUUGGUAAAGGACGAGACUCUAGAAGUGCCCAAUUCUAUCCUUCAGAAGAUCCUAUAACUCAUCCCCUCUCCACAUCAUACUGACACACUUCCCCCAAACCCAUGAAAAAUGAACCGACCUCGGAACCCCCAGACGGACGUUACUGGCCCCCCGCCACUGACUCACAGCCCCUCGACAUACACUAGCUCCAUGGGCACCCCUCCUUGGAUCCCACCUCUGCCACCAACCAUAGGGUCAUGGUUGGGUACUUGAUGUUCCCUUCCCCUCUUUAUGAAGACAUUUAUUCUCCUCUCAAUGAACUAUUUUAAAGUACACAGCCUCAGUCUUUGUCUGUCUGCAACCUUGUCGAUGUCCUCCACCCCAUAACUAAAAAGUAAUAGCAACCCCCCAAAAAAUGCUAACAAUCUUUUUAUAAUUUGUGCGUAAUUGUUCAUAUUUUUCAUAUUGUAAUGCUUGUAUCAGCUUGCAAGUCAUAAACCGAGCAUCCACACAAGAACACAGCGACGUCUUUGGAACAGUCCUAGCAUGCAUUUCACCACACUACGUCACCUUGCAUUGUGCAACAGCUUGGCUACAGGAAUCAAUGUAGGUCUGAAAAAAUAAUGUGAACCUGUCUACGGGUGAACCAUACUCAGACAUUGGUAUGAAUGUUAUCAGUGGUUUUAUGGAUGUAGUAAUGGAUUCUGUCUUGCACAAGAAAAGCCAUGUCUGCAUCUCUAUCAGUUUUUUCACAUGGUGACUUUGCUACUGUAGCCACACUAGAAAGUAGCACUUUAUUUUACAAGAGUACUAACAAUGCACAUUUUUAUGUGCCACUUAAAUAUACUGCAUGGGUUAUAAGAUACCUUAUGGUGCUUAUAUCAAGAAAUUUCGUUCUGCCCCUGAACAAGGCAGUUAACCCACUGUUCCUAGGCCAUCAUUGUAAAUAAGAAUUUGUUCUUAACUGUCUUGCCUAGUUAAAUAAAGGUAAAAAAUAAAAUAAAAAUUGAAUCAAGAAAUUAAACAAAAUUGUCAAUGACAGUUGCGAUAAUAGUAGUAACUAGUGGUGCUAAAGAUUUUCAUAAGUUAGUUAUGGGCUAUUACUGUUAAUGUAACUGACUUUAUGAAUGAUAUAGUGUAAAAUAAAGUACUACCAAAGAAGUCAUUACACAGAGGAAAAGUAGCCUACUCAAUAGGCAGUAUAUUACAAGAGAACAACACCACUGGGUAAAGCACCUUGGUCUGUGGAUCAGUGACAUUCAAUAAGAUUCAUAUUUUGUUUAACUUGGCCUUUUAUCCACACCCAUUGACCAUUUUUAUUUUGUGGUUCAAAUUUGAACUCUACCUCAAGCUUGGAAAUGCUUAUUCCCCCCCUUAAGUUUCUCAGUUUUGUGUUGUUUGACGUUUUCUAUUUAAAAUGUUAGCGUUUUAAACGUGCUGCUACACCUGCAUGUUGCCUUUUCUUAACGUCAGAUUUGUCUAAAGAACAGCGGGGGAAAUAACUUGUGAAUAAAACUUGUCAAAUAACA